GUCUCCAGGAAUUUAAAUAAUGGUUUUAAGCACAUUUAUUAUCUGGUAAACUUCCCUUUCCCUUUCUCUUCGUCGUCUUCCCUUGCAAGCUCUAUUCCCGUUUCACCUUCGCAAGUUGCAACGCUACUAUCCAUGGCCAAUCGCUGGGUUAGGCCCGAGGUAUACCCGCUGUUCGCGGCUGUUGGAGUUGCUGUCGGGAUCUGUGGGUUGUCGCUGGUUCGUAAUAUCUGUAUCAACCCUGAAGUCAGGGUGAGCAAGCAGAAUAGAGCUGCAGGAGUGUUGGAGAACUUUGCUGAGGGAGAGAAGUACUACGAACAUUUCGUGAGGAAGUUUUCACGCAACAGAUCGCCGGAGAUUAUGCCCAACAUCAAUAGCUUCUUCGCUGGUCCAAGUGGCAAUUAAAUUGCUUUGAAUUAACAAAGGUUAAUCUGAGAUGUGAACUCUUUUAUGUUGUAGUCUGUUUUUACUGUACGUGCAUCUAGAAAACAAAAUAUGUGGUUCAUCUCUUGGGCUGAACAGCUUGUAUACUGUGCUGUGGUUGAGAAGAAGAACAAUCCUGUGUUUGAUGCAUUAUAUUACUUGUGGUAGAGUGCAGACAAGGUUGAAACUGGUAUUAAAAAUAAAUGUUCCUAUUCCGAGUGUGUUAAAAUUUUAAA